AUGUCACUUUCUAAACAAAAAAGUGUUGAUGAAACAGAUUUUGAUGAAAGUUCACUCAAAUUUCUGGGUAAAGGAACCUAUGGAACUGUUUAUCGAGUUGCGGUGGAACCCGGGAAGUCGGCGGUUUGCGUUAAAUAUCUGAAGCCAAGCAAUGACAGCGAUUUUGAGAGUCUUUUCGUGAAAGAAUGUGCAAUACUCAAAAAGCUUCAACAUUUGAACAUUAUCCAGUAUCAUCACAAGAUUCGGAUUCCUGAGAAGAGGCGAUAUGGGAUUGUGACCGAAUAUUGCGAGAGAGGAACUCUUCAGAAUGUGAUCAUGAGCUCUUCAAUCAGUUACACGAUUUGGAUGGUGGUCGAUUGGAGUGAGGGUUUAUUCCGGGCUUUGAAGUAUCUUCAAGAAAAUCACACAAUCUUGCAUCGAGAUAUCAAACCAUCAAACAUUUUCAUGACACACACUUUUAUCCCGAAGAUUGGCGACUUUGGUUCCACGAAGCUGUACGAGAAAACGACAAUGAACUCUCGGCAUACGGGAACUGAUCUCUACAUGGCGCCUGAGACUUACAUUGAGGAUAAAAAUUCUCCAAAGAGUGAUGAGCAACAAUCAAUACUUUUAAUGUUCAAAAAGCUUUUCAAUACAAUGGAGAAAACAAGAAUCGUGCCUAUCGAGAAACCCGAAUGUCCAACAAAACUUCAAGAAAUGAUUAUCAGCGGUUGUUCGUUUGAGUACAAAAUGCGUCCUUCGAUUGCUCAAAUCAUUGAUGGCUUUGUGCAAUUGAAAAAGGAAGAAGACAUCAAAAGAUUUGAAUCACAACGACCACGGGAAGAUCCAAAACAAAUGGAAAUCGUUCGACCAAUGGAGUUCGAUGGAAGCAUUGUGAAGAGAAAGAAUUCAGAUGAUAUAUUUGCUUUAUCCGAUGACGCGAAAAAAUAUUUUGGAAUGGUGACGAAUUUUGUUCAAAGCAAUCUUGAGAAGAAUGAUUUGAUCUUUCAUGAAUUUGUGCCAGCAAUUCUGCCAAUUGACAGAGAUGAUUCCCUGGAGAAGUUGUUAGAGAAACGAUUGAUUUAUGAGUUCCAUGCUCAAUACCAGUUCUACUUGAUGACUUUUGACCUUUUGGCUACGUUGAAACAGACAUGGAUCGGGUAUUUGGAUCUCUUUGAUGAACACGAAGAUCUUCUAAAAUGCCAGAAAGUGUUAAAAGAUGGUCAAAUGUGGAAAAAGGGUUUUCACUUCUACAAUUAUUUCCUUAAUUCGACUAAAGAGCAAUGGUUCCUCGUUAGAGUUGAAGAUGAGAGGAGUUUAUUUUUGGAGAAAAGUUUAGUGAAAGUACGGUGGUUUGAUGGGGAAUGGGUGAACAAUCAAGAGAAUAGGGAGAUUGAGGUCCACAAAAUGCAAAACCUCGGGGGAAAGUUGUCUUACUAUGCGCAAGCUAUCCCAUGGCUGAGCCUCUUUCUGAGGCCAACUCAACCCGAAGUGGCGGCCCACAUCAAAGAGGUUGACGCUUUUUCAAAGAAA